AUGAGUGCACUCGAGGCGGCUACGGAUGCCCAGAACGCAUCGUACCAGGAGCAGUUACAGUCCUAUCGUGAACAGCUUGAUACGUUGAGGCAGCAGUUCAGCGAUGCCCAGACUGCUGCGGCCACCGCAGCGGUGCGUCUGGAAGAAACCAGCAAACACUUUCAUGAACGUGAGCAGCUGUUGCAGCAGAAUAGCGCGCAGCUGCAGCAGGAGUUCGAACGCCUUGCAGCGAAGGUCUUUGAAAAUCAGGAAGCCAGACAGAAGUCUUCUCUGGUUCAGGUGAUGGGGCCGUUACGGGAGCAGCUGGGUGAGUUCAAGGCGCGGGUUGAACAGGUUUAUCACGCCGACAUCAAAGAGCGAGCUACCCUGCUGGGGGAGGUGAAAAAUCUCCAACAAGCCAGCGAACGGAUCAAUGCCGAAGCGGAAAACCUGACCCGUGCACUGAAAGGAGAUAAAAAGCUGCAGGGUAAUUGGGGCGAGUUGGUGCUCGAACGGGUAUUGGAAUCUUCAGGGCUGCGCAAAGACCAUGAAUACUUUGUGCAGAGCAGCGAGCGUAAUCAGGCGGGUGACCUGAAGCGUCCGGAUGUGGUGGUCAGGCUGCCGGAGCAGAGAGAUGUGGUGGUGGAUGCCAAAGUCAGCCUGAACGCCUACGAACAGGCGCACACCGAAUCGGAUGAGCAGAACCGCGAUCGUCUGUUACGCACCCAUGCCAACAAUCUGCGUAACCAUGUGAAGCGUUUGUCUGAGCAGGACUAUGAUCAGCUGCCGAAUGUGCGUUCGCUGGAUUUUGUGCUGUUGUUUGUGCCGAUUGAGUCUGCUUUUGCCAGUGCGAUGAAAACGGAUGAGCGUCUCUUCAAUGAAGCGUUUAAUCAGCGCAUUGUUAUAGUCAGUCCAACCACUUUGAUGAUGACACUGCGGAUUAUCAACAAUGUCUGGCGGAUUGAAAAACAAGGCGACAAUGCACAGGAGAUUGCUGAGCGUGCGGGUGCUCUCUACGAUAAAUUGCGUCUGCUGGUUGAUGAUCUGGAGACCCUGGGACGUCAGCUGCAAACCGUAGAGCGUACCUUUGAUGUACUUCACGGUCGGCUGGUAUCCGGUAAAGGUAAUCUGGUGCGGCAGGUUGAGCAGCUGCGUGAAUUAGGUGCGGUGGUGAAGAAGCCUAUAUCUGCCAAGUUGCUUGAUUCUCUACCUGAAGAGGAAUGA